CCCAGCGCGCCAUGGCCCAGCCGGGCGAGGAAGCGCUGCCCGGGCCCGAGACGCCGGUGCAGAUCCGCGUCGCCAUCCAGGAGGCCGAGGACGUGGAGGAACUGGAGGACGAGGACGAGGGGGCGGAGCCGCUGGGCGCGGGGGACUCAGCCCGGUUCCUCAGCCCCGGCUGGGGCAGCGCCAGCGAGGACGAACCGGGCCGCGGACACAGGUAGUGGCACCACAAGUGGUGGUGAGAAUGAGCGAGAGGACCUGGAUCAGGAGUGGAAGCCUCCAGACGAGGAGCUGAUCCGGAAGCUGGUGGACCAGAUCGAGUUCUAUUUCUCUGAUGAAAACCUGGAGAAAGACGCCUUCCUGCUGAAGCACGUGAGAAGGAACAAGCUGGGUUACGUGAGCGUCAAGCUGCUCACCUCCUUCAAGAAGGUGAAACACCUGACGCGGGACUGGAGAACCACAGCGCACGCCUUGAAGUAUUCGGUGACCCUUGAGCUGAACGAGGACCACCGGAAGGUGAGGAGGACCACCCCCGUCCCUCUGUUCCCCAACGAGAACCUGCCUAGCAAGAUGCUCCUGGUCUAUGACCUGCACCUGUCCCCCACGCCCUGGGCCCUGGCCGCGCCGCACAAGAAUGGGCGCGUGCAGGAGAAGGUGAUGGAACACCUCCUCCAAGUCUUCGGGGCCUUCGGGGUCAUCGCGUCCGUGCGCAUCCUCAAACCUGGGAGGGAACUGCCGCCCGACAUCCGGAGGAUCAGCAGCCGCUACAGCCAGGUGGGGACCCAGGAGUGCGCCAUCGUGGAGUUCGAGGAGGUGGAAGCGGCCAUCAGAGCGCACGAGUUCAUGGUCACAGAAUCUCAGGCCAAGGAGAGCAUGAAAGCUGUCCUGAUUGGCACGAAGCCACCCAAAAAGAAGCCUGUCAGAGACAGGAGCCACGAGGAGGAGCCCGCUUCGAGCGUCCCCCUCAGCAAGUCCCUGAACAAGAGGGUGGAGGAGCUUCAGUACGCGGGCGAGGAGUCUUCUGCCAACAGCUCCUCGGAGCCCGAGAGCAACCCCACCUCCCCCAUGGCCGGCCGGCGGCAGGCGGCCACCACCAAGCUCAGCCCUUCCGGCCACCAGAGUCUCUUCCUGAGCCCAAGCGCUUCCCCGUGCUCCAGCCCUUGGAGCAGCCCCUUGGCGCAACGCAAAGGAGUUUCCAGAAAAUCCCCGCUGGCCGAGGAAGGCAGACUGAACUCCAGCACCAGCCCAGAGGGCUUCCGCAAGUGCACGGAUUACUCCUCGGACAGCAGCGCCACGCCCUCGGGCAGCCCCUGGGUGCGCAGGCGUCGCCAAGCCGAGCUGGGGACGCAGGAGAAAAGCCCGGGAGCAAGCCCCCUGAUGUCUAGGAGGAUGCAGACAGCAGAUGGGUUACCUGUGGGGGUGCUGAGGCUGCCCAGAGGCCCUGACAACACCCGGGGAUUCCACGGCGGGCAGGAGAGAAGCAGGGCCGGCGUAUAAACGGAUGCUCCUUUGUGAUAUCAAGUCCGCUGAAAACCCCCUUCGUGACCAAGGUUCUGAGAAAUGCCUGGCAUGACGUAGAAUGGAACUCAGUCCCCUUGAGAUCUUUUGUAUACACGUAGCCUCCUAAUUUAUAUAUUUGUAAGGCAUAGACCGUCUCCUAGGCAGCUCUCCACUCCUCCCAGCACGGCUGUUGCUCUCCUGAUGCCAGCAGUGGGAGUGGAGUGGCUCUGGAGGGCUGUGGGACAGAGGCUCCCUGGGAGAGGUCUGGCAGCGGUCCCUUCUGUGGGUCUGGGUUUUCCCUUGCAGUGACUGAGCUGUCUUUGGGGAGACAUGUGAGGGCUUCCUUUAUGCCCAGAGGAGUUCUGCUGACCAGUGGCAAAUAGUUCAGCU